AUGGUCAAGACUAUUGCAACAGGACUGGAAGUGCCCCGUCCUGCACCACAAGUGCCCAAGAAUGUCAUGGACAUGUUCUCGCUAAAGGGAAAGGUAGCGUGCAUUUCAGGAGCGUCGUCUGGCAUUGGAGGAGCCGUGGCCGUGGCGUUCGCUCAGGCAGGUGCAGAUAUCGCCGUGUGGUACAACUCGCACGACCGAUUGAUCCAAACGGCUAAAGAACUGGCAGAAAAAUACAACGUCAAGGCCAUCGCGUACAAGUGUCCUGUCACGGACGAGAAAAAAGUGCAGGAGACCAUCCAGCACGUUUUGCGGGACUUUGGGGGCAAGAUCGACGUCUUUGUCGCCAACGCCGGCAUAGCAGGGUCCACGGGUGCCCUUGUAGAGGCAGAGGAACGUGGAGAGGCCUCUGCAGAGUGGGACAGGAUCCUGCAGACCAACUUCCAAGGCGUGUACUACUGCAGCAAGUUCAUCGGGUCCGUGUUCAAAAAACAGGGCCACGGCUCACUCAUCGUCACGGCGUCGAUGUCUGGCCACGUCGUCAACGUCCCGCAGUUGCAGACCUGCUACAACGCCACGAAGGCCGGGGUCAUCCACAUGGCCAAGUCGCUGGCCGUGGAGUGGGCCGGCUACGCCCGUGUCAACACUGUGUCUCCAGGGUACAUCAACACGCCUAUCAGCGGAUUUGCACCCGACAAGACCAAGGAGAGGUGGCUGGAACUGACUCCGAUGGGCAGAGAGGGUCUCCCUGAGGAACUGGUGGGGGCCUAUUUGUAUCUGGCCUCGAACGCGUCCACCUUCACCACGGGGACCGACAUUAUCGUGGACGGUGGUUACUGCUGUAUGUGA